AUGGCUUCAGCGCGCGGACCCCGAUGGCAGCAGUUCUUGCAGGAAUUGGUGAUGGUUGCGGGCACCUCGGCGUCUGCAUACUUCCUCAUCCGAUAUCUCCUAUCCCGCCUUGACUUCGACCCGGAGUCUCAAAAGAAAGAAGAACAAAAACGCAAGUCGGCCGCCAUCCUACGGAAGCUUGAUGGAGGAGACGAGUCAGAUGAGGACUCACCGCGUCGCGGAGGAAAAGGCGGACGCCGGCCAAAGAGAGGGGAUCUUGUCCUCAACCAAUACGAACAGGCUAUUGCUAUGGACGUAGUCGCUCCAGAUGAUAUUCCUGUAUCAUUCGAAGACAUAGGAGGUUUGGACGAUAUCAUCGAAGAGUUGAAGGAGUCUGUCAUCUACCCUCUCACAAUGCCCCAUCUCUACGCUUCGACAUCAUCGCUUCUUACUGCCCCAUCUGGCGUCCUUCUAUACGGGCCGCCUGGAUGCGGAAAGACCAUGCUUGCGAAGGCACUCGCUCAUGAGAGCGGGGCAUGUUUCAUUAAUCUACACAUCUCUACUCUGACUGAGAAGUGGUACGGCGAUUCCAACAAGCUGGUAAAUGCCGUGUUCUCGCUUGCCAGGAAGUUGCAGCCCUCGAUCGUUUUCAUCGAUGAGAUUGAUGCCGUGCUGGGCACUCGACGAAGCGGAGAGCACGAGGCCAGCGGUAUGGUCAAGGCCGAGUUCAUGACUCACUGGGACGGUCUUACUUCGGCGAACUCGAUGGGCGAGCCGCAGCGAGUGGUUGUCCUCGGUGCCACUAAUCGCAUAGGCGAUAUUGACGAGGCCAUCCUCCGGCGGAUGCCUAAGAAGUUUCCUGUCGCUCUACCCCCUGCAGCACAACGGCUUCGAAUCCUCAGCCUGGUUCUGAAAGAUACCAAGGUUGAUCGGGAUAACUUUGACCUCGAUUAUCUGGUCAAGGGCAUGGCGGGUAUGUCGGGUAGUGAUAUCAAGGAGGCUUGCCGGGAUGCAGCCAUGGUGCCGGUGCGCGAACUCAUUCGCCAGAAAAAGGCGGCUGGACAACAAAUGACGGCCGUUGAUCCCAAAGAGGUCCGGGGUCUGCGUACAGAAGACUUCUUCUCGCGCGCCGGGGGUGUCCGGGUUAUUCCCCCAGCUGCCCAGCUGGCGAACAAAGCCAACUCGGAGAAAGAGUGGAGUACUGAGUCGGAGGCAGCGUCCGAAGCUGAAGCACGAACACCCGCGGAGAUGGCGGAACCUCCCGAGUAG